GCCCCGCGGGCGCUGAGGCGGCUUCUGGAGUUGCGGGUGUCCCCCGAGGCAGACUUCAAGCCCUGGACAGACAACGGCACCUCUACCUGCAUGGUUUCUAGGACAGAAGAGGAGGCCCAUGGACGUUCUUUAGGUAUCCAGACUUGCUAGAAGAAGUCCCCACAAAUGGCAGUCAGAAGGUGCUCUCUGGGGUGGCUCAAGCCCAUCAGCGUAGUUCCCUGGUCCCUUGCACUUGUCCUCUUCUCUGUACACCCUGCAUUUGUGAGUGGGAAGAAACAUGCUGGUCCCUGUGGAGGAAGAGACUGCUCCACUUGCCAGUGCUUUCCAGAGAAGGGGGCUCGGGGUCAACCAGGACUAUUGGGGCCGCAGGGGCCAAUCGGGCCCCUAGGGUCCCCGGGACCCAUUGGGAUUCCAGGCGAGAAAGGGAUGCAAGGUCACAGUGGUCUUCCAGGAGAAGCAGGCGAGAAGGGAGAUAAGGGCCCAACGGGUGUUCCCGGAUUUCCAGGUUUGGAUGGCAUACCUGGACACCCGGGGUCUCCUGGACAAAGAGGCAAACCCGGUGUAAACGGCCACAAUGGCUCAAGAGGUGACCCAGGACUUCCAGGAGAGAAUGGCGCUCCGGGUCCAGGAGGCCCCCCAGGUUUGCCUGGGGAAAAGGGAGAAAAGGGAGAGUCGGUGUUCCUUUUAGGCGGCAUCAAAGGUGGUCAGGGAGACAGAGGGGACCCAGGACCUCCUGGCUUCCCGGGAUCUAGGGGAGUGAGUGGACCAGCAGGCCCAAUGGGUGACCCAGGAGAGCCGGGGUUAAGAGGACCUCCUGGGCAUCCUGGGGAUCCGGGUUUGAAGGGUAACCCUGGCGUGGGAGUCAAGGGGCAGAAGGGCUACCCGGGUGAGGUUGGCCAGCAAGGUUCUCCAGGACCAACCCUUUUGGUGGAGCCACCUAACGCUGGUCUCUACAAAGGAGAAAAGGGGGUCCAAGGAAUGCCUGGAAGUAGAGGGCCACCCGGACCUUCUGGACUCAAGGGGAAACCUGGUCUUGGGGAAAAAGGAGAGAAAGGUAUUGCUGGAUUCCCAGGCCCUCCGGGUGACCCUGGUUUCCAUGGAUCUCCAGGCUUUCCAGGAUUGAAGGGAGAAUCGGGACUGACUGGUAAUCCUGGGCCAUUUGGAUUUCCUGGCUCAAAGGGAGAUCCUGGAGACCGUGGACGCCCAGGACCACCAGGUGUCGUGCUGACUCCACCUGUUCCACUCAAAGUUUCAUUAUUGGUUUCUCUUGGAGGUAUGAUGGGACCCCCUGGCCCCCAAGGGUUUCCCGGUUAUCCGGGGCUUCCGGGGACAGCCGGUGUUCCUGCGAGAGCUGACUCAGUUCCAGGGAAACCAGGGAACCCAGGACCCCCUGGCUUGCCCGGCGCACCAGGGAUACAGGGACCUCCAGGAUCAGAAGUGGUAUAUUGUCGUGCUGGAUACCCUGGACCACAAGGACUGAAAGGCAAGGUGGGUCCUCCCGGAGGAAGAGGCUGCAAAGGAGAAAAAGGAAACGAAGGGCUUUGUGCCUGUGAGCCUGGUCCCAUGGGCCCCCCCGGCCCCCCCGGACUCCCUGGGAUGCAGGGUAGUAAAGGCGACAUGGGACUCCCUGGCUGGCUUGGAGGAAAAGGUGACCCAGGCCCUCCUGGUGUGGAAGGAUCGCCGGGUGCCCUGAGAAAAGGAGAAAAAGGCGACACGGUUGUAUCGAGAGUUAAAGGGAACAAAGGAGAACGAGGUCCUCAGGGACCCCCAGGAUUCCCAGGGCAACAGGGACAAGAUGGUCAGGAUGGACAUGCUGGAAGAAGAGGAGACCCAGGACCCCCAGGAGAUCAUGAAGACGCAACCCCUGGUGGUCAAGGGUUCCCUGGACCACCGGGACCUCCGGGCAGAGAAGGAGCCAGGGGACCUCCAGGCCUGGGAUUUCCUGGUCCACCGGGAGAGAGAGGGAGACCAGGAGCUCCUGGCCACCCUGGCAUGAGAGGCUUUGAUGGUCUGAAGGGUCAGAGAGGUGAUACAAUUUUGUGUAACAUGACCUACCCGGGGAGGCCAGGCCCUCCAGGUGUUGAUGGACCUCCAGGUCCCAUGGGAUUCCCGGGUACCCAGGGCACUCCCGGGCCGAGGUGUUUUGAUGGACCAAAGGGCCGACGUGGCAAACCAGGACUAUCCAAGAUACCAGGCCCACCUGGUUUUUGUGGCGACAUGGGAGACCCAGGCUUUGAAGGGGACAAGGGGGCUUCCCUCCCGGGGCCCCCAGGCCUUCCCAGCUCCCCUGGUGUGAAUGGUCAGAAAGGACUCCCAGGUGACCCUGCUUAUGGGCCCCCAGGACCUCCGGGAAAGAGUGGUCCUGCAGGAGUGCCAGGAGUGAAAGGGCCCCGAGGUGACCCAGGACUUCCAGGGGCUGCAGGGCCUCCUGGCAGUCCGGGAAUUCCAGGUCUCAUGGGCCCUAAAGGCAGGAAGGGAGGUGCUGGGUUACCAGGCACCCCAGGCCCAGCUGCUCAUUCCUGUGAUCGAGGCGCCCCCGGGAUGCCAGGCCAGCCAGGAUUCCCUGGGACCCCAGGAACGCCAGGUGCCCCAGGCUGGAAGGGACAGCGAGGGGAUGAAGGUUUUCCUGGACCAGCUGGAAUGAAGGGUCUUCCUGGAGCCCCGGGACAUCAGGGGGCCGGCGGGCUCCCAGGACUGCCAGGGAUCCCAGGCCCCAUUGGGGUCGAUGGUCUACCUGGCCUUCCGGGCCCCCAGGGACCCUGGGGCCUGCCUGGUGUCUCAGGUUUUCCAGGAGAGAGAGGAGGACCUGGCCCAGAGGGACGGCCUGGCAGAAAGGGAGAACGAGGAGAGAAAGGCUGGCCUGGUCUUCUGGGAGAUCAGGGAGCAAGAGGUGCCAAAGGAGAGAGAGGACCUCCGGGGGAUGCAGGCGAAAUGGAGCUGCUUUCAAGAAAAGGAGCAACAGGAGAGCCUGGACCUCCUGGAGAUGAUGGAGUCCCGGGAGAAACAGGUGAUAAAGGAGACCCCGGGAUGCGAGGAAGAAGAGGAGAACCAGGAAGACCUGGGUCCCCUGGAUUCUACAGCGGGGAGCCUGGUAGAAAAGGACAACCAGGUCUUCCUGGACCCCCAGGACCUCCAGGCUCACCUGGCCCUAUAGGGAUCAUUGGUUUCCCAGGAUUUCCCGGUGAGCAGGGUGGUCCAGGUCCUCCAGGCCCCACUGGAUUUCCAGGGAUGGACGGCAUGAAAGGACUGAAAGGAAACGCAGGAGAUCCUGCAAGUAUGCUUGGUCCUCCUGGCCCAAAGGGUGAGCCUGGAAGUCUUGGAUGUCCAGGGCAUUUCGGAGUUCCUGGAGAACACGGCUUGCCUGGUGAUCAAGGACCCACGGGACCAGCUGGAAGGCCAGGACUGCCGGGCUUGUCUGGGCCACCUGGGUGUCCAGGUGAUCGAGGAGUACCAGGGCUGAGGGGACACCCAGGAGAAACAGGGGACCCUGGACCGAGGGGCUUCAUGGGCCAUCCAGGGGUACCAGGUCCUCCAGGAAUUAAAGGUUCCUUGGGAUCUCCUGGCUUGAACGGCUUGCAUGGUUUAAAGGGCCAGAAAGGAACCAAAGGUGCUUCAGGUUUGCAUGAAAUGGGCCUGCCAGGUCCCAUGGGAAUGCCGGGACUGAAAGGAGAGACAGGGGACCCUGGGAGUCCUGGAAUUUCUCCUCCAGGCCUUUUUGGAGAAAAAGGUCCUCCGGGCCCUCCAGGGAGACCAGGACCCCGUGGUUCUGCGGGUCCCCCAGGAAGAGCUCCUAAGGGUGACAUUCCUGACCCGGGUCCACCUGGAGAGCCCGGCCCGCCAGGUCCUGAUGGUCCAAGAGGUGCUCCGGGACCCCCCGGGACCCCUGGGAGUGUUGCUCUCCUGAGAGGAGAGCCUGGUGACUGUGGCCUGCCAGGACCACCAGGGUCCCCAGGCCCCCCAGGCCCUCGAGGAUGCAAUGGUUCCCCAGGAUGCGAUGGAAGUGCUGGCCAGAAAGGACCAAUGGGCUUCCCGGGUCUGCAGGGGCCUCCUGGAUUCCCUGGAAUGCCUGGAGAAAAGGGUUUUCCUGGACCUCCAGGCCAUCAAGGGCCCCUUGGCCCUCCAGGUCCCAGAGGUGAACCUGGGCCACCUGCAGAUGCAGAUGCGUGCCCCCGAAUCCCGGGGCUUCCUGGGGUGCCGGGCCACCGAGGACCAGAAGGAGCCAUGGGGAUCCCGGGAAUAAGAGGCACACCUGGACUGGGGUGCAAAGGGAAGCAGGGACUGGAUGGCAGGAAGGGUGAGCCUGGCAUUCCUGGGAUGCCUGGGCCUUCAGGACACAAGGGUGACAAGGGAGACGCUGGCUACCCUGGGGUAUCAGGCCCUCCUGGUGCCCCCGGGGAUCCCGGGCCCAAAGGGUACAGACAGGGAUACCUCAGCGGCUUCCUCCUGGUUCUCCACAGUCAGACAGACCAAGAACCUGCCUGCCCCGUGGGCAUGCCCAAGCUUUGGACGGGGUAUAGUUUGUUACACCUGGAAGGACAGGAGAAAGCUCACAGCCAAGACCUGGGCCAGGCCGGGUCUUGCCUCUCCAUGUUCAGCACGCUGCCCUUUGCCUACUGCAACACCCAGCAAGUGUGCCACUAUGCCCGGAGAAACGACAAGUCUUACUGGCUGGCCAGCGCCGCCCCGCUGCCCAUGAUGCCCCUCUCGGAAGAGGAGGUUCGCCCGUACAUCAGCCGCUGCGCCGUGUGCGAGGCCCCGGCCCCGGCGGUAGCGGUCCACAGCCAGGACCAGACCAUACCCCCGUGUCCGCGCUCCUGGAGGGGCCUCUGGAUCGGGUACUCUUUCUNNNAGCACACAGGAGCUGGCUCCCAAGGAGGCGGGCAACCCCUCAUGUCACCCGGCAGCUGUCUGGAAGAUUUCAGAGCAGCACCUUUCCUCGAAUGCCAGGGCCGGCAGGGGACGUGCCACUUUUUUGCAAACAAGUAUAGCUUCUGGCUGACCACCGUAAAACCUGCCGUGCAGUUCUCCGCCGCACCAUCACCAGACACCUUAAAGGAAAGCCAGGCCCAACGCCAGAAAAUCAGCCGAUGCCAGGUCUGCAUGAAGCAUGGCUAGACAGCUCAGCCAGGAGGGACUUCCUGCAAGAAGGGACCAUCGGCAGAGCUGAGAGAUUCCACGGUGCCCGUCUCGGAUGGCAACUUCGGCUGCUCGGGCCACAGUACAUUCAUGCCUUCCUCGGUCCCUGUGGCCUUGUUUGGACCCACCCAUCUAUGGUGACGGCUGCUGGGUGUCCUGGAGUUGGCUGCAACUCCUGCUGAGCCCAUCCUGUGCCCAUUUGCAACAUUGUUCCUUUGUCUGGGGCCAGUGUCUGCAGCCACCGUGUCAACCCACCUCCUGGAGCAUCGUCCUCAUUUUCACUGACACGAUGCUUCUCUCCAGGGACUGGCUGCUCCUGGUCACAAUGUCCCAAGCCCAGAAGACAGAGUUUCAUCAUCCUCACUUUGAAGAAGCGUUCCGACUGAACUUCUUCCAACACAAAUGCCUUCAUUCCUCUGGCAGCCCAUGGUGUAUGGAAUAUUCUUUGCUAAUCUAGAUGCAAUGGGGUUAUUUUAAUUCUAGUGAGGGUGAUGGAGGUGCUGACUGUCUGUAAAACACAUGCUAAGUCACAGGAAGACUAAGUAAUGGAUGGUAAAGGCCAGACUAUACAUUACAACACUGAAAACUUCAUGCACUGCUUAAUUACAUCUCAGAACAAUUGAAGCUGAUGUGCUUCUGGAUGGACAAUGGGGCCUGGUGGUGCUCGCUGGCUGUGAGGUGUCGGACUGCUAACUUCAAGUUCAAACCCACCAGCCAAAUCCUCCGUGGGAGAAAGAUAAGGCUAGCUACUCCCAUGAAGAUUUAUAAUCCCGGAAACCCUAUAUAAGGUGACUAUGUAUCAGAACUUAUUAGAUGGCAGAGUGUUGUUUUAUUGUCUAAAUGGAUUGGCACAGGAAAAUAACUUAUAUAAAUCGGCACAGGAAACUCACAUGUUGAGAUUUUCAGCAGUUCAAAAUUAUUUCCUCCAUAAUAAAUUUUUCCAUACAUUUAAAAUCGUUGUAAAACCAUAGCCCCAAGAAACAAACACACAAACAAAAAUCCCCGGGCCGCACAUCACCAGGUUCCAUGGUUCCAUUUAAAGUAGAAAGUAUGAUGGUGGAGUUUGGAGCCGCUCCAUUAGUAUCACCACGUCACAGAGGUGCAGGAAACAGGAUGCCUUCCACAUUUUUCACACAAUACAACAGGCUAUUCCAGCAACCCUUUGAAGAAGUAGCAAUUAUGUGGGAGACAAAAUAUAUUCCAUAAGGGAUUAGAGCCUAAAAGCAAUCAAUGAAUAGUAAGGCAGUCAAUUCCCAAAAAUUGAUUGCCCAUUUCCAGGAACUUCCAAGGAGAUGGCUUUUCCCCAGCCAAGGUUCCUUUUGACCCGAGUGUGUGCCUGCUGACGACACACACAGAAGCCCAGUGGGGUCCCUCGGGUGGGCCCUCAGCUCCCGGAGAGCCUGCCCAGUCCCCUCAGCUCCCCUGGGGGGCUUUCCCUGUGGACACAUAAUGCUAGCUCCUGAGGGCAUGUGACAGAUGUCAUUAUGCCCUUGGGAGAAAUUUAAGGGCCAGCAUCAUUAAAUGUAGGUAAAAAAAACCUCAUUUAAGUCAGUGUCAUCCCAUGAGGAAGAUAUGGCACAAUCUUUCAGUGAACACAGACGGUCUGUAAUCUGACGUUCCUGUGGCUGGGUUGAGGCGCCCUGGUGGCACAGUUGUUAAGGCUUGUCUGCUGAGACGUGGGUCCUUUGAACCCACACGGGAAAGGCUCAGCCAUCAGCUCUCAUGAGGAACCCUCAGGGCAUACUGGUUACUUGUUAUAGGAUGGGCUACUAACUGCAAGUCAGCAGUUCAAAACCACCUGCUGCUCCUCGGGAGAAAGAUGGGAUUUCGACUCCCAAUAAAGAAUUAAAAGUCUUGCAAACAAA